AAAACUUUAAGUUUAUUUCUAUAGUUGAUUUUAUUGCACGUAUUUCUGCAAACAUUUGCAAUUUUUAAAAAAUGAAUAUUUGUAAAGUUUUUAUUUUUUUAUUAUUUGGAAUUGAAAAUAUUAUUUUAAUUAAAUCAAUUAAUACAACUGAACAUUCAAAAAUUAAUAUAACUGAGAAUUCAAGGAUUAAUAUAAUUGAACAUCCAAAGAUAAAUAUAACUGAACAUCCAAAGUGGCAGACAAUUGAUCACGACACAUGUGGAAUAUCAAAUGCUGAUAGAAUAAUUGGUGGUAAAAAUGCAUCAUUAGGAAUGUAUCCUUGGAUAGUACGUAUUGGUUACACUUCAAGUGGAAAUGCAUUAAAAAAAAAAGAGCCAACUUACAGAUGUGGUGGUACAUUGAUCAACAAACUUUAUGUUGUAACAGCAGCUCAUUGUGUCUCUCUAUUACCAGAAGGAUUUGAAGUUACUGCAGUUAGAGCUGGUGAAUACAAUACCGAGACAGAUCCAGACUGUUAUCAAAAUUUUUGUGCAGAAAGUGUUCAAGAUUUUUCACCAGUUUCAAUAAUUGUACAUGAAAAUUACAACAAGCCACCAUUUAAAAAUGACAUUGCAAUUAUUAAAUUAAAUCGUAAUGUAACAUUUAAUGCUUUUGUCAUGCCAAUAUGUUUACCAAGUGGUGAAAUACUUGAUAGAAAUUAUACUGGACAUACUGCUGAAGUUGCAGGAUGGGGAAUAUAUGAUAUAAGUGAUCCAAAAUCAAGUACAAUACUUCAAACAAUUAAAUUACCAAUUGUUGAACCGGAUAGUUGUAUAACUGCAUUUAGAAAACAUGCAGAUAUUGGAAUUGAACAAAUGUGUGUUGGUGGUGUCAAGGGUGAAGACUCAUGUGGUGGUGAUAGUGGUGGUCCUUUAAUGAAAAUUGAAUCUACAAUUGGACCACCAAAAUAUUAUUUUAUUGGUAUUGUAUCGUUUGGUGCUAAACAUUGUGGUAAAACUACAACACCUGCUGUAUAUUCAAGAAUUUCGUUUUACAUGAAUUGGAUACUUGAUCAUAUUGAAUUGUAAAAAAAAUUAAUUAAAUAAAUUAAAUAAAUUUUAAAUUGUUUUUAAUAUUCAUCAUGUUAUAAUUAUUAUAUAAUUAUUGUGUAAAAAUUUUUUGAUCUUGGUUUUUGUAUAUUAUAUAGAUCAAUAUAAAUUAAAGUAAAAAAAAAAAAAAUA